AUUUCAUUACUACUUGAAACUUUCGCACUCCCCACACGCUAACAAUACCAAUAUAUAACAACACUCUUAUACCAAUAUUGCUAACUACUAAUUCUUUCAGAGUUGGGGAGAAAAUGGAUCACAAUGCAAAUACACUGAAACGGUUGCUUCUGUUAUCGAUUGCUUUAUUUCAUUUCUCGUUAACACCUUACAUCGAAGCGACGACUUCGUCUGUAUCCACUACACAGAAGAGUUUCAAGAAUGCAUACGCGACGAUGAUGUAUGUAGGAACACCGAGGGAUUACGAAUUCUAUAUUGCAGUUCGCGUUCUUGUUAAAUCGCUUUCGAAGCUUAACGUUCAAGCCGAUCUUGUUGUUAUCGCUUCUCUCGAUGUUCCUCUUCAAUGGAUUCGAGCUCUGGAAGAAGAAGAUGGUGCGAAAGUCGUGAGGGUGCCAAACUUGGACAAUCCCUACAAGCAUCAGGAUAAUUUUGACAAGAGAUUUAAGUUAUCACUUAAUAAACUCUAUGCUUGGAGCUUAGUGGACUAUGACAGGGUAGUUAUGCUAGAUGCUGAUAACCUCUUCCUUCAAAACACUGAUGAAUUGUUUCAAUGUGGACAAUUCUGUGCUGUCUUUAUCAAUCCUUGUGUCUUCCAUACCGGUCUUUUUGUCUUGCAGCCAUCAAUGGUUGUGUUCAAAGACAUGGUUAAUGAAUUACAAAAUGGGAGAGAAAAUCCAGAUGGUGCAGACCAAGGUUUUAUAGCUAGCUACUUCCCUGAUUUGCUUGAUAAGCCACUGUUUCACGCUCCUUCAAAUGGCACUAAGCUUGAGGGAACAUAUAGGCUUCCUUUAGGUUAUCAGAUGGAUGCUUCUUACUACUAUCUUAAGCUUCGAUGGAGCAUACCCUGUGGACCAAAUAGUGUGAUCACAUUCCCGGGGGCACCAUGGUUGAAGCCAUGGUAUUGGUGGUCCUGGCCUGUCCUGCCACUAGGCAUCCAGUGGCAUGAACAACGGCGCCAAACUAUAGGGUAUCCUUCGGAGAUGGUUAUGAUACUUAUCCAAUCUGCAAUAUAUAUAGGAAUAAUUGCAAUGACGCGUUUGGCAAGGCCAAGUCUCUCAAAGUUAUGUUUUAGGCGUUCUGAUAAGAGCAUCAACCUGGCACACAACAGUCUCAAAUUGGUAGCACUGUGGUGCAUACUUGCUGCUUACGUAACACCCUAUUUUAUCAUUCCUCACACGAUUCACCCUCUACUUGGUUGGAUCCUGUAUUUCCUUGGUUCCUUUACAUUUUGCUCGAUUGCAAUUGAUGUCUUUCUGCUACCAAUGUUGCCAGUUUUGGUACCUUGGCUCGCGAUUCUUGGGGUUUUACUGGUUAUGGCAUUUCCUUGGUAUCCUGAUGGAAUAGUAAGAGCUAUGUCCGUCUUUUUCUAUGCAUUCUGCUGUGCUCCAUUUUUGUGGACAUCUUUGGUGAGGAUUGUGGCAGGUCUUCAACUAUCUCUACGAAGGGAAGCUUUUUUGCCAAGAUUUGCAGAAUGUUAUCCACAUUCUUGGUUUAACAAGUUCUUUUGACAUGAACAAUUGGGUAUAACUCAAAUGCUAGGAUAAGACAUAGAAAUGAAAGAAAAAACUUGUUGACGUGCUCGGCAAAAAUGGAAGAUGAUGGGAAAUCAGAAUUAGAAGAGGUUGUUGUCAUUUGUUUGUGUUGAAGAACUGACAAGGAUUUUGUACCAUGAAAGUGUUAUAACUGAAAACAAAAGAUGCUGCUGCCAUUUUGCCCCUACAUAGAUUGUUUGAUACUUGUAAUCAUUUAUAAUUUAUAUUGUGACCAGCACGUUGAGUGAGUGUCAAAUUCUUUUUGUACAUGUUUUAGAUUUGUAACUAUGAAAGAUCAAGAACGUUCAAGUUA